UUUACAUCAAGUCAUUGCUUUUGAGCGGACUAAUUUCAUGUAUUUAGCUCACUUGCCCAUAUGUAACGCUUCAGUCUGAGUGAUGAGGCAGAAGGCAAAACCAACAAAGCAAAUAAAUUAAAGGCAAGAGCUUCUGGUCACAAGAAGAUAAUUAUUUUAGGAAAUAAUGGUCUUUAUGCUUACUGGUCUUCUUUUUAGAUCAAGAGGCGCACAACAUUUACAUCUUGUGUAGGAAGAAUUGGGAAGAAACCAUCUCUCUCUCUCUCUCUCUCUCUCUCUUCAACAGAAAAAUGAAAGUUUAAGAAAGCAUAGCUUGACUUCUGAUCACAAGAAAAACGAUUAUCCUAGGAAAUAAUCAUCUUAUAUUUAGUAAGACUUGGCCUUAUAGAAUAAACCAUCCCUCUCUCUUUCUCAUCGACAUAAGAAAAUGAAAGAAAGCAUAGUUUUGUACCCAGCCCCUGGUUCUCACCAAAUCAUCUCCAUGGUAGAAUUAGCAAGGUUAAUCUCCCAACACCAUCCCAACUUGCCCAUAACGAUUCUACUCACAAGUUCCACACCUUUUGAAACCUCCACCACAUCCUCCACUUACAUCAACCUCAUCUCAUCUGAUCAAAACCAAACCAACCCCAAUCUCCCAAUCUCCUUCUUCACCCUCCCCUCCCUCCAUCUUCACCAAUCCCACAUCGAAAACCCUGUAGAAUCCGCAAUCGAAUUCAUGCGUCUCAACAUCCCCAAUGUCCUCCAAGCCCUCGAAACCAUUUCACAAAGUUCAAAAGUCUUAGCCUUUAUCACCUCCUCUGUCCACCACCCAUAUGACCCUCAAAUCCCAACGUACUUCUACUUCACCUCCUGCGCCUCUGCUCUUGCUCUCUUUCUCUACCUACCCAUCAUCCACAACCAAACCCCCAAGAGCUUCAGAGACCUAAACGACGCCGUUCUCCACUUUCCCGGAUUGCCACCUCUCCGAGCCUCCCAAAUGCCCUUGCCUCUUCUCAACCGCGGAGGCCCUGCGUACGAGUACUUUCUCAACUUCGCUGCUUGUCUUCCAAAAUCACAGGGAAUUAUAACGAACACCUUCCAAGCACUCGAGCCAUCUGCAAUCAAAGCCAUAAGCAAUGGUUCUUGCGUUCCAAAUCAUCAAACCCCGCCAAUAUUCCACAUCGGGCCAUUGAAUUUCGAUGCUAAAAAUCGGGCUUCAAGUGCCUGUGAAGACAGGUCAACAGGUGCGUUCUCCGAAGCACAAUUAAGCGAGAUUGCCAUGGGUUUGGAGAGAAGCAAACAGAGAUUCUUGUGGGUCGUGAGAAGCCCUCCGGGUUCGAGCUCGGUAGAGCCGGAUCUGGAGAUUCUGCUACCCAAAGAGUUCUUGGAGAGGACCAAAAACAGAGGCCUGGUAGUGAAGUCGUGGGCUCCACAAGCUGCUAUUUUGCGCCAUGGAUGUGUAGGUGGGUUUGUGACUCAUUGUGGGUGGAAUUCAGUGCUUGAAGCAGUGACCUACGGGGUGCCAAUGGCGGCGUGGCCCUUGUAUGCAGAGCAGGCGGUGAAUGGUGUUGUUUUGGUGGAGGAGAUGAAGCUGGGGAUACCAGUUGAGUCAAAAGAAGGGUUUGUGAGUGCAGAUGAAGUGGAGAAGAAGGUGUCGCUGUUGAUGGAUGAGAAAAGUUUGAGAGAACGAAGCCAAGCUAUUAAAGCAAUGGCUUUGGCUGCCUGGAACAACGGUGGGUCUUCGUUCACUAGUUUUUCUAAGAUGGUAACUUCUUGGAAGCAAUAGUAGUGCCACGUUCUGUUUGAUUGAAUUUUUUUUUUUGGUCAACUUCUGUUUGAUUGAUUGACCAUAGCACUUGUGCAAUUUUCUGGUUUUAUGUUACUCAAACUCAUCAAUAACUUUUCUUCAAGGAUA